GGUCAGCUCUCCUCCAAAGAGGGAGUCAAAUGGAAAAAAAAGGAGGAGAACUGUAGCUGAGAGAUGCAGGGGGGACUGCAGGGGACAAGGGUUUAGGUGGGGGGACUGGGAGUCCCCGUCUGUGAUCUCCCUGUUGUCAAGGGGAGGGGAAAGGGGCGUCACUGUAGCUCACAGCUUAAUUACUUCAAGCAACAAUAAGUGUCCCACUUGUAAUGGCAGGAAGACAGAGGGAGGUCGACUCUCUGGGAGGAAGAGAAACAGAUUCUAUGAGAGGGGCAGGAGUGAGCUCUCACUUCAGGACAUCACUUGACAAAGGUGGAAAAAUCUUCGGCCGCACAUGAAUCAAGUUCCAACAGGAAAGCUCUGGCUGUUUGUUGCUGCUGCUGCUUGACUGGACACUUAAGGACUAUAAAAUACAGAAAACAUCACUGCAGCUGGAACAUUUCACAGUGCAUCCAUUCUGACAGCGGGCAAAGGAAAUAAUAUGAAGGAGUCCCACUGACAGAAUAACAGGCAAACAGAAGAAAUGUGGACUGACUGACUGAGGGGUGAGGACUUGGAGUGAAACCUGCCAGAAAGCCAAGGCAUAAAAAGAAACAGAGACAAGUGAAAUCAUCAUGGUUCAGGUGCAGCGGGACUGUGCUGUGAUUCUUCCUGUGGUGGUUUUGCUGGCGCUUCUGUUGCUCUCUGGGCCCUCUCUCCAGGGAGACACUCAGGAAAUUGGGAACAGUGAUGAGAUCCUAGAGAGAGAGUUUAUCUACGCGCCCAAACGGCAAAAACGUGCCGUGGUCGACCACAGUGUUCAAGACACGGACAAAUGCUCCUAUACCUUCAUUGUCCCUCAACAGAAAAACACUGGGGCCAUCUGUGUCAACUCCAAGGAGCCAGAGGCCUUGCUGGAGAAUCGGGUUAAUAAGCAGGAGCUGGAGCUGCUUAACAGUGAGCUGCAGAAACAGCGGCGGCAGAUCGAAGCAUUGCAGCAGUUGGUAGAAGUAGAUGGGGGUGUGAUCAAUGAAGUCAAACUACUGCGUAAAGAGAGCCGCAACAUGAACUCCCGAGUUACACAGCUCUACAUGCAGCUGCUGCAUGAGAUUAUCCGCAAACGAGACAAUGCUCUAGAGGUGUCACAGCUGGAGACCCGCGUGCUCAACCACACAAACGAGAUGGGGAGGCUAGCUACGCGCUAUCGUGACCUGCAACAUAAGUACCAGCAUCUGUCAGACCUGGCGAGCAACCAGACUGCUCUGCUGGUGCAGCUGGAGGAGCGCUGUAAGCGGGGAGGAUACUCAUACAGUGUGGUGCAAGAGAGGGCCCGUUCUGUCCGUCCACAGCCUCCUGUGAUGCCUCAACCUCCUCUACAGAUGCCUGCAGUGUCCUCUGGAGGCUACAGGCCUUUCCAUCCACCUACCUACACCCGCCACGUCAGCAACCCCAUGACUAAUGAGAUACAGAAUGACCAAAACUCUAAAGCUUUACCACCUCCUGCACCCACGAUGCCAAGUGCUACAUACAGCUUCACAAACGAGCCUUCUGGCCCGUUCAGAGACUGUCUAGAGGCUCUGGAGGGUGGAUACACCACAAGCGGCAUGUACCUCUUGAAACCAGACAACAGCAACCGACUCAUGCAGGUUUGGUGUGACCAGAGACAUGACCCCGGUGGAUGGACUGUCAUUCUGAGACGCCAGGAUGGCUCGGUCAACUUUUUUAGGAACUGGGAGACGUACAAGCAAGGGUUUGGAAACAUUGAUGGUGAAUACUGGUUAGGAUUAGAGAACAUCUACUGGCUGACCAACCAGGGCAACUACAAGCUGCUGGUGACACUGGAGGACUGGGCCGGACGCAAAACCUUUGCAGAGUACACUAGCUUCCGUGUUGAGUCUGAGGCAGACUUCUAUAGACUACGAGUGGGCCGAUACCAUGGCAAUGCUGGAGACUCUCUUACCUGGCACAACAGCAAGCAGUUUACUACACUGGACAGGGACCAUGAUGUCUACACAGGUAACUGUGCCCAUUACCAGAAGGGAGGAUGGUGGUAUAACGCUUGUGCUCAUUCCAACCUAAACGGCGUGUGGUACCGUGGCGGGCAUUACCGCAGCCGUUACCAGGAUGGGGUGUACUGGGCCGAGUUCAGAGGAGGAGCUUAUUCUCUGAAGAAAGUGACCAUGAUGAUACAACCCAAUGGAAACACCUUUCAUUAAUACUUCAGCCCUUCAAAACUGAACAGAUUUAUUGAAUUCCAUCCUUAUAUCGCAAAAACAGGCAUCCUUGGUUUGAAUUCUACUCUUCACUGUUCGUUUCUUUCCUGUAUAUUCAUAAUGUAACUUCAAAUUGCAAAGGCUCAUGCAGUGACAUAUUAGGAUUAGAGCAGAUUUUUUUCUUAUUUCUCUACAUGUAUAGGUUUUACUUAUCUUGUUUGGGCUGUUGUUUGCAGAGGUCAAAACUGACUGCUAGCAGUAAACUUCUACUUCAGACUGUAUUGGUGCUAUUAUAUACAGCAUAUAUUAUGUAUGUACAACAUACAUUGGAAUCAGUUCUACGGGAGAGAAAUCUGGUUAUUUAUUUUGAUACAAUUUUCUAAAAGUUCUCAGUAAAUCUGUCUAAUUUGCCAUGAUAAUUAUUUUUCUCAGUAUUUCGCUUCUUAUAUUCUGAAUAUGAAAUAUUUACUGAAAACAAAGAGAUUGAAGGCCUUCUGACUACUUUUUGGACGAACAUUCUACAUGUCAUCUUUUCCUGAAUCUAAAAAACAGGACUGUGGACUAUACAGCUGCCUUUAUCACUGAAUGAUAUAUCCUUGAACACAUUUAGUUCAAGGAUACAUGAUCCUUGAACUAAAUUGCAUUUGUGGAUUCAUGUAAUCAUUCUAUAAUGCUUGAUAAGUCUUUAUAUGGAGAUGUGAAGCUGCAUAUCAAACACUUUUUGUUCCCAAUAAUGCUGCAGAAAUGAUUUUUUUUUUCCAGUUCACAAUUGAUCUGAUUAGCUUUGCUUAGUGAGCUGGAGGUAGGAUAUUAGCCUAGAUUAGCAUUAAGAGAGGGAAAGACCAGUCACUGGUUAAAACUGAGUUCAUCUUGUUUCUUGUAUUAUAAAUAAACAUAAAUUCUACAGCGUGUAGUUUUAGGGGGGAGUUACAUGCUGGAACCAUUUCUUGGCAACCAACAACAUAGUGUAGUGACUGAGGGUUGCAUCACAGUGAGGUUGGCCAGGUUCGAUACAAUCAUGCAUGUAAAGGCCAAAACUUGCAAUCAUCAACUAUAUCUCACAAUCCAAUCUAUAGCCAGAGCACAGCAGAGACAGUUAAAUGGUUUCUGAUCAAGAAAAAUGUUUGUAUCUCCCCCUAAAACCACAAGUGUUUUUACAACUCUGUUUAAUCAGUGAGCUUUAGAUGUGCUGGUAGGUGUAUUUUUAAACUUUGGAUGGAGCCAGACAAGCUCCCUGCUUCCAGCCUUUAUGCCAAGGUAGGUCAAGCAUGUCCUUUAAAAGCCAUUCUUUAUAGUUACUAGUUCCAAGGUAAUACCCUUCAUCAAUGGACUAAGAUCAAAACCUUUAAAUGUAGACAGAAUUUACAAAGACAUUUGAACAGAAACAACAAAAUAUAGAAUUUCACUGCAGGUUUCUGAGGUAAAAGCAGCGACAGUACGUUUAAACAGAAACCAAACAGUACAACUCAGUUAUUCCCUCCACCCACCAAAGGUUUCCUGGUCUGUUGAAAAGAUCAGACACUGUAUUAGUGUGCAAAUACAGUAUGUACCAGGUACUCUGUGUAUAUAUAUGCUGUUUUGUUCAGAUUAUUUAUAGUCUGUAUGUUAUCGACCUUGCAAUAAACUAUGCACAUCCUUA